CUGACAGCGACGUGUCAGCCGGACCUUCAGCCCCUUGUGAAGACAGUUUCCAGCGUCUCUGCUGUUUGACUGCAUUCUCUGAGUCGCUGAGGAAAUAAAGGAGCAAAUGAGAUUUCCACAUCAGCAAGCAGUGCUAACACGGGACCACGCAAACCUAUUUUACUACUGGUGUGGGAUUAUUCUACCAUAUUUACUCAUCAUCACAGCAAAAUAGUCCAUCCUUAGUCAAUCUACUGCAUUAAUUCCUCUCUCAAGCAGUAGAAAAUACACACAAAAAAAAAAUACAGUGAUACCGUCAGAAUUUUGAAAAAUACCGUCAUAUACAUCUUUGGAUCUUUGGUCAUACCGCCUAGCCCUAGAUCAGCACAUUAUUUGUAAGAUCGUAAUGUGAUGCUUGGCCACUUCUGACAUCUGGAAAAUUAAACCAAAAACAGUCCAAAACAAUGUUGAUUAAUGAAAAACAAAACUGUUUCCUACCUCCCCUAUCAAACCCACUGGGGAAACAACAUUAUAACGCAUCCAUGGCGACGGUCCAAAAACAGAUGCGUUUAAAGAAAUUCUAGAUUUGCAGAUUUUAAAAAUAAACUGACAAAAUUCUGAGUCUGGACCGCUGACAUGAAGACCUGGAAACUCUGCGUCUUCUCGGUCUGUCUGCUGCUGAGUUCAACACUUGGAGAGGACACAGUGGCAGAGGACAUCGGCGACCAUCAGCUGGAGCGUUUAGUGGAGCUGCUGACGUCCAAGGAGUGCGAGGACCUCCUGUUUGCCCUGUCUCACCCGGAGGAGAACAUCUUUCGGCACCUCGAGCGGCUCUCGCCGGAAAAAAAUCAACUAGACGUGAAGGCUCGAGCCAAGAGAGACGCCUCGUCCGCUGAGGAUAGCGAGGCUCAGUGCCGAGCGGCCCUGACAGACUGGCUGCUGAGGUACGGCGAGGAGACCUACUACGACAGGCUUUCUCGUGCCUUGCAGCACAUCGGAAGAACAGACAUCGCCAUCGAGGUGGGGAAGAACAUCAACCAGGAUAAAUCCUUGAGCCUGAAACGCUACGUUGAAGGCUACCACAAAUAUGUCAAGUCUUUAAACGCCGCGCCGGUGGAAUCGGACGCAAAGGAGCACGCCCACCAGAGGGUCAGAAAAAGACAGGUGAAGGAUCUGACGUGGCGUGACCUGGAUCUGAUUGUAGAGCGGGCUCCCGUGCCUCUGUACCAGAAGGGGCCGCUGGACGUGGUCCUUCCGCUCUUGUACGGCAUGCUGCUGGGCUUCGGAGGCACCUUGCUCGCGGGCUUGUCUUUGCUCCUUGUCGUUGUCCACAUCUCGCGUGGAGGCCCGCGGAGCCGUCGCCCGGAGUGUCCAGCGGUCCCCGCAGCGAGGUCGCGGGCGGAGGCGGGACGAUCCGAGAUGCGGCCUCUGCAAGAUUAGCAGUUUAAAUGAAGGAGGACGCCAUUAAAAAUAAAGCAGGCACCCCGAAACAGAAAGUCCUCGUUUUUUGUCCACGACGACCACUUAAACCUCCACACCGCCGCUAAUCAUGACAAAUGCGACGAGUAUAACGGCGUUUCUGAUAAAAUAAUUAUCCACGCUGCGUACUGCUCGACCGGUAGCCAUUCUUGCCAGGCCAGUGGGUAGAUGACUAGUUGUGUGACAGAUGCGUUGGAACCCAGCCCUCGCACCAAAGGUUGUUCCGGUGUUACUGUGAUAGUGAUGCCACUUUCCAUUUCCCCUCCAAGUGACGGCAAUGUGCCCGUCUGGCAUCGAAGAACAACUAAUUAUCCAGCCUGGCGCCCGCUUCCCCCGGAGCCUGCCGAUACCUCCACAGGCAAUCCAAAAGACUAAUAACAAUGACAAUGCUUGCAGACAAUGGAGCACUCGUGGUUGUGAUGGCAGCUUCUGGUGGGCGACACAAGCCAAACAGAAAACACGCAGCUCUGUUGUUGGUGAAAAGUCGACAA